UGCACGGUUUAUUGGGCUGACGCCGCCGUUCAGGACGUAUGAGCGUCGCUCAAAGGCUUUCUGGUAACAAGAAUCCUGCCGCUGAACAUCAAACAAUUGAUAAGUAACUGGGUCAAAACGUUUCCGCAUUCACGGUAAAAUUUACAACCAGAAGCGGAUAAGUCCGAGAGUAAAAUUCUGGGCGCAAGGAAUGGAAGAUAUCAGCUGGAAAUUGAGGGGGGGAGAAUCUCCGCAGUCAUGAAGGACCUGGGAGGAGAGUCGAGGAUUUGUCACCAGCUCACGAGGGUUGUGAAGCUUUCACAACAUGGGAAGGUGAGAACCUUAGCAGCAAAAAGGUUAAGAAUUCCUGAGUUGGAGAACUGUGUGCAGUAUUGGACUCCACACUAUAAGGAGGAAGUUGAGACAUUGGUGGCCCUUCGAAUCCGCCCCAUCAAUGAAUCAGAACUUGAUGAAGGAGCCUCCAUCAAAGCGCACAAAGUGGAUGAUCAGAUGGUCGUUUUGAUGGAUCCAACGGAAGAUCCAGAUGACAUCUUGCGAGCUAAUAGGUCCCGUGAGCGAACAUUUAUGUUUGAUGUGGUGUUUGAUCACACUUCCACCCAGGAGGAUGUUUACCUGGCCACCACUAAGGACCUGAUUAACGGUGUCAUUUCUGGAUAUAAUGCUACAGUGUUUGCAUAUGGACCUACAGGAGCUGGUAAGACUUACACAAUGCUGGGGAUGGACUGUAAGCCUGGAAUCUAUGUCCAAACUCUGAAUGAUCUCUUCAAGGCAAUUGAAGCUACAAGCGAAAACAUGGAUUAUAACGUCUCUAUGUCUUACUUGGAGAUUUACAAUGAGAUGAUCCGUGAUCUCUUGAACCCUUCCUCAGGGUUUCUAGAUUUGCGAGAAGACUCCAAGGGUGGGAUCCAGAUAGCUGGAAUCACAGAAUUCUCAACCUGUAAUACUAUGGAGAUCAUGCAGUUGCUUACAAAAGGAAACAGACAACGGACGCAAGAGCCAACAGCUGCCAACAAAACCUCAUCCCGUUCUCAUGCAGUGUUGCAGGUUACUGUGAAACAGAAGAGUCGGCUGAAAAACAUUACAGAGGAGAUACGAGUUGGUCGCCUCUUUCUGAUUGACCUUGCUGGAUCCGAAAGAGCAUCUCAGACUCAGAACACGGGCAAAAGGAUGAAGGAAGGAGCCCAUAUUAACCGGUCACUGUUGGCACUGGGGAACUGUAUCAAUGCGCUGAGUGAAAAGGGAGCAAAUCGAUCCCAGUAUGUCAACUACAGAGACAGCAAACUGACCCGGCUUCUAAAGGACUCAUUGGGUGGAAAUAGCAGAACAGUUAUGAUUGCUCACAUCAGCCCUGCCAGUGCAUCUUUUGAGGAGUCAAGGAAUACCCUGAUGUAUGCUGACCGUGCAAAGAAUAUUAAAACUAGGGUAAAACGGAAUCUGCUCAAUAUCUCGUACCACAUUACGCAAUACACCAACAUCAUAGCUGACCUGAGGAAAGAGAUUGAGAGGCUGAAGUUGAAGAUUGAUGAACAAGGACCAGAACGGAGAAAAUCUGAAAAGGCCAAUAUAAGGGACAUUCAAGCUGAAGUCCAGCUGCAUUCAGUGCAGUAUAAUCGAGGGGAGAUGGACCGACUGAGGGACCAAAUGAUGAUAGCUUUUCGGCAACAAAUGGAGAUCCGUCGCAGUCUCGUGGAGCUAGAAAACACCAACAUGGAGCUUCAUAUUGACACCUCCAGACAUUUACUAACCAUAGCUGAUUGGGAAAGGGAGAAAGCAAAACGUGCUCGGAAGUGGUGGGAAGAGAAAUGGAGUGAGAAGACUGAUAAAGAGCAAGACAGCGAUGAGAGGGAAGAGGGAAUGGCAGAUGACUUGGAUAUGACUGAACCACUGGAGGUUGCUGUGGCACGGGAGGAACUCGGCAUGCUCCUAACUGAACAAAGAAAAACUGCAGCCCUUAAGUGCGAGUUGGAACAGAAGUUGGGAGACACCAAGGCCAAAGUCUCAAAGAUGGAAGACCUGCUACCAAAGUGGCUCAAUAGCAAGGAUCAGCAAGAGAUCAUGAGCUUGCUCUGUAAAGUUCAUGAGCUGGAAGUGGAGAAUACGGAGAUCCAAUCUGCUCUGCUGCGGAAAGAGAACACCCUGCAACAGAAAGACUUUGUCAUCCAGCAUUAUGAGCAACACCGAGCCCUCUGUGAUGAGAUUAUACAGCAACAGCGGCAGCUGAUAGAAGAUCACAACAUCCAAAUUCCACAGCAACUGCACAGUCUCUACACCAUAUAUUGGCAAGAGAUGGAGGAGGGGACACUAGACAGCCUGAUUACCCUUCAUUCCAUCACCUCCAACACAUUGAGGGAUCGCACUCUUCUGAACGUGGCCCGUCAGCUGAACCUAGAAGAUUAUGUGUUGGCAGUGGAUGGAAAUAAAGAUGACAUAAGGCCAAGGACAGUUCAUGAGAACAGAAAACUGCUUCAUGCCCGGGUCAAGGACUCACUGCCUCCAAUACUCCCUGAUCAUGACAGUGAUACCAGUAAGGUGUUUAAAGCCACUGCGCAGUCACGGUACAUGAAACCAUUGUCAACUCUAACACCGCCCCCCAUCCGUCUAGCUGGACCACUGUUGCUGCAGAAACAGAGCCUGAUCAGCUUGAAGGAACGGAGCCGCAGUCGACAGUCCAACACACCAUCUGAAGCAGGUAGCAGCAAAUCAGAACUCUACACUGUGAACAGGCAGCAGAGUCCAGGCAAGCUGCAAGAGAUUGUCACGGGCACAAAGAGCAUCUCCGUCAUAGCAGCAAAACGCCGGUCUCGAGCCAAUGUGGCAGACUCGGCAACGGUACCCAUGAGAGAAAAGGAAAGGAACAUUCUGUCCACUCACUCAGUUGAGGAAAAUGAGGGGAAUCAGGGUCAAGCAGACGCAAACAAAAACGCAUUAAACAUUGAGGUGAAAUCUGUAGUCAACUUUGAUAAUCUCGCAGCUGAGAUGGGAGUGAAUGCCUUUCGGAACAAGCAAGAAUUCAGCAGUCCCCCUCCCCCAUCUCCACGUGAGUCUUGCACCAAAAUGAAAGGACUGAAAAAGGCAGAACAAAGGGAAGAUUCCACUGAAAGAAACACAAGGAAGAAACAAUCCAGAUCAUUUGAAGUGAACUCCCAGGGGCUUCCUAAACUCAGAACAAACCCCUCACGGUCUCAUAAUCUCAAGAGUAUUUCUGACUACAGGUUCUCUGUUGCUCCAAGCCUCUUCCAGAGUUCCAACCUAAAUCUGCAGCCAAAUGUCAUACCAGCAUCGAUUGCCAAUCUGCCAAGUGCUAAUGUGCCUCCUGCGACAAAGAUCAAAUUCCCACUCAACUAUCAUUCAGGUGAGAGCCAGUUACAGAAGAUAGAAGUGGGUAAUACCACACCAAGUACCAUUCACCAGAGAAAUGCAAAGGGGAACAAGGGGCUGAUCUUGCACAAGCGAGUUAAAGGCCCAGGUGACGGUGCCAAUACACAGCAGCUCCGAGCACAUGUUGGAAACUUCAAAAAAGGAAAUAACUUGGCUUUAAGGAGCCAGAGAAUGACUGGCGUGAACCCACACAUCCGAGCAGACGGCAAAUACAAGAAAUAACCACAAGUAGGAAGCAUUUGGAGAGUAUAAUUGGCUGAUUUGUGAGAUAAGACGAAAGGAUUGAGAAUAAACCUGAGAAGAACAUUACGUUGUUCAAAGGAGCAUUACCUUCAUGAUCUUCUAUAACUAUACCACAGAGCUCCAAAGGAAUGAAUAUUUGAUGCAUUUUUUGUUUCCCUUGCAAAAAAAUCAGAGAUAGAUAAAGAAAAUGGUAAUUGUGCUAUACAAUGCAUAGUGCAAUUGAAUUCUGGUAAUAUUACUGCUGCCAAGUAGCUGGCCAGGUUAAAAGUAUACAACCUAUGGACUUGUAUGCAGUCUACAAGUGUGGAUUACAUAAGGAGUGAAUGUAGCCUUUAAGCCAACAAAGGUGCAAAUCCUUUGGCAACUGUGGAUCUCUGAUAUAAGAACUGAAUUAAGCUUAUAGCCCAUUGAGUAAGAGAGGCCAUCGACAGCUUUCAGAAUCUGCAUUGUUGCAUCAUAUGACUACCUACAAAAUAUUUUGUAAAUUUCUUUAUCACAAAUGUAAAAUUACGUAAUUAAAAAUCUGUAUAAAACAA